CUGUGAUCUUAUUAGUAUAUUUAUCCAAUUUUCGUUUGAAUUACUUAAAUUAUUUAUUUUUAUUUUAUUUGUUCCUGUACUGGCGAUGACUUAAAUCUGCUACAAUGAAUGAUGUUGCAAAUGCCACUGAGGCGGCGUCUCUCGCUGUCCGUUUUGAUCAAAUGAAGGAGACGGAGAAAGCUGUAGAAUGCUACCGAAGAGCAGCUCGUUUUCUGGAUAGAGCUCUCGCAAGAGACAUCGUACCACCAGAAAACAGGCGUAGCUUUGCUGACAAAGUGCGGGAGUAUCUUGAAAGAGCGACUGCUUUGCAGGAACAGAAAGAUAGGUCACACCAAGAAGAGAGUGACAGGGUGAUGCAGCAAUGCUAUUUCCUGAUGCAGCAGGCACUGGACGCGGAUGAGGCCAAUAAUAAAGAAUUUGCACUGCAGUGGUACACAAAAGCUGUGGAAAUGAUUAUGUCUAUUAAAAUGACUGACAGUGAGAAAAAGGAAGAAUUAAAUUCAUUAGCAAGACAAGCUUUAAGUAGGGCUGAGGAAUUGAAGGGCAUUAAGUUCAGUAAUCUCUCUUUAAAUGAGCAAAAGAAACCAGCUUUGUCACCAAGUAAAGUAAAUUUACAAAGGGAGCAAAGUGUAUCACAGUUGAAAGUCAGCGGCAAAUACACAUAUACAUUGGAAGAGAAAGAAGUGCUCCGCGACACUUCAAAAAUUAACAACAAUUGCUUUUUACCAUUCAUGGAUGUAGAUUUGUCAGAGAGGUUUCAAUAUGCUAUACCGUUUGAGGACCGCGCGAGUGAACUGAAGUUAUCUAUAAAACAGGAGCGCGAGUUCGACAGUUGGGUACGCCCACACGAGAUAUGUGCGGACCCGAAACUGAUUGUCGGCGACUAUCUGGACUGUUUCAGUAUUAAACAAACUAUAGUAUCAGAUUGCUCGUUUGUGGCCUCACUCGCCGUCAGUGCCUUAUACGAGCGGAGGUUCAACAAGAAAAUCAUAUCCAAUAUCAUAUAUCCAAGGAACAAAAAUAAACAGCCUGUAUACAAUCCAUUUGGGAAAUAUAUGGUGAAGUUGCACCUUAAUGGCGUAAGAAGAAAGGUGAUAAUAGACGACAGGUUACCGUACAGCAAGUAUGGGCGGCUCUUGUGCUCUUAUUCGAGCAACAAGAACGAGUUCUGGAUCUCGAUGCUAGAGAAGGCGUACAUGAAGGUUAUGGGCGGAUACGACUUUCCAGGAUCGAACAGUAACAUAGAUCUGCACGCUCUAACCGGCUGGAUACCGGAACGGUGCGCGAUCCGGCCGGACGAGCCGGACUUCAAUAGCGACGCGCUGUACGAGAAGAUCCGCAGCCGGCUGUCGUCGGGCGACGUGCUGGCCACCGUCGCCACCGGCGCGCUCGCAGACUCGGAGGCAGACCGCACCGGGCUGGUCGCCACGCACGCAUACGCCGUACUAGACGUCAGGAUCGCAGAGGGUGUAAAACUCCUAAAGCUAAAGAACCCGUGGUCACAUCUACGCUGGCGGGGGAACUAUUCAGAAUUAGACACGUUGCACUGGACUCCAAGUCUUCGGGGUUUCCUCAACUACGACCCGGACAGCGCGGCGCAGUACGACAACGGCGUGUUCUGGAUCGAUUAUGCCAGUAUACUGAAGUUCUUCGACGUUUUCUAUCUGAACUGGAAUCCGGAGCUGUUUAAAUUCACAUACUGUAUACAUCAAAAAUGGGAUGCAGGCAGCGGUCCGUCUAAGGAUAUGUACACAGUAGGGGAGAAUCCUCAGUUCUCGUUACACGUGCAAGGCAAAGGCGCGGUAUGGUUGCUACUCACUCGGCAUAUCACGCAGAUAGAUGAUUUUAAGGACAACAAGGAAUAUAUAACGUUACUAGUCUAUAAGAAUAACGGGAGGAGAGUUUAUUACAGGCAAGAGCCGCCGCCGUACAUCGAUGGAAUUCCUAUCAACAGUCCUCAUUACUUGUGCAAGAUAAUAGUGGGUGAGCGCGGUUGCGACCGUUACACUCUCGUUGUGUCUCAGUACGAGAAAAGUCGCACUAUAUAUUACUCGCUGCGUGCAUACGCGACCUGUCCAUUCGCACUCACUAAAUUAGAGACAUAUCCGCAUCUGACUACUUUAAAAGGUGAAUGGUCAGGUCGUACCGCUGGCGGCUCCGAGAACCAUCCGCAGACAUAUCCGAAUAACCCCAAGUUCAUCAUCACCGUACCGGACAGCGUCACUCCGAGCAGCGUAGUGGUGGAACUGAGGGGUCCAAAGCAGUACAAUAUUGGGAUCGAUGCAACAGUUGAGUCAUUGAACGAUCCCACAGUCACUGCGCCGUUUAGGAAGGAGUCUUCGGGACCUUAUAGAUCAGGCUUCGCGGUUCUCGAUCUGCCCAGCUUGCCGGCCGGUCGCUACGUUCUCACUGUCAGCACGUUCUAUCCUGCUCAAGAUGGACCAUUCAUACUAAACAUGAGAUCUACCUGCAAAUUGACUUAUGAGGCACGCAACUAGAGAUGUACACGCAUUAGAGAACACACUUGUUUAUUGCGAUCUGCUUAUUAUUAGAGAUAAUUUUAACAGGAAACUUAUAGGCUAGUAAAUAAUUUUAUCACUAUUAAUAUCAUGUUUCAUGCGCAGUAACAAUUUUACAUAUAAAAUCGUUUGUAAAGUCCUAAGUCAUCUUUUAAAAUACUCGACAUAGUUCUAGGAACUGUCGUUGUCGCGAGAUUAUAUAUCUUCAAUGCGAUUCAAACCCAAAGAUUUUUUUUCAAAUUUGGUUGUAGUUUCUAAUUCUAACGUUUAUAGAUACCACAUUUAAAACUUUGGAGGUAAUGGAGCUUUCUCUCUGUUAUCUAAUGUUUUAAAGAGUAACUUAAGCUACUCUAUUUCAGAAAUUUAAAUUAUUAAAAAAAAAUACUUAAAUUCUACUGCGCAGGUUUUAUUGUCCAUGUUUAAUGAAUAUAAAUUAAAUGUAAAUUGCUUUACAGUGUUAUUUUUUUAGGACGAAGAAUAGAAAGACGUAAUCUACAUUUUUUGACAUUGACAACAAAUAUUUGAUAGUAUUUUUAGCGCGAAAUUGUUAACAUGACAUUAGUUUUAUUUCUCAAGUCCUU